CAUCCGUCAGGGGUGGGUUAGAUAAAUUUGCCUUGGCACACCUAUAUCAGGCAAUCAUGUCACCGGAAGACUGUAGAUCGCUAAGGGGAGUCAGGUCUUGGCGCAUGCUACACGAUAGUAAGCCCCGCGGGGUCACAAACAACAACGCCCGCCAGUACCCGUUGUAUAAAGUCUGGGCAAUUGAGGAUAUGCGCUGUUUCCGCUAUGUCAUGGACAUCGGUCUUGACUUUCAAAACUGCGAUUCAUAAUUGAAAGCGAUGGCUGCGACUCGCGGUUCAGGUUGCCAUCGCGUAGUGAUGAUAGUCCUUGCAACACUAUCGGGGAGCUCAGUGGCAAUGCCCGCCAAAGCAUACUCGCAAUGCGCUCUCGACACACCGUGCAGGUCGAGCCCUUUCGAUGCCAUUGACCCGCAGCACUGGGUCAACCCUGAUAACAUGACCUGGGCAGAUUUCAUUGCGCCUCCUGGGACGAAUUGGAGCGACCCAACACGAAAGGGAUCAGGGAGGAACUUCAAUAUCGCUUUGGUCACCAUCGACUACUCAGAUCGUCCUUUUGUUGUGACACAGCCGACAGGGUCCACCAUCUACGGCAACCCGCUUCCUGCGGUGCCUCAAUUGACUCGGGAGCAAGUGCCAGCUUACUACCGAGACCUGCUGAACACACCAAACGAGCUCAACAACGGACAUACUCUGCACGAGUAUUGGAUGGGCGACUCGCAUGGGCGUUAUGGGGUAGAUCUGACUACUUUUGGUGCCUACGAAAUGCCCUCUCUUUCGUGGCAGUAUGGUAUCACUACUGACAUGAACGCCGGUGGGUGCCCUGUCGUGGGUUCUUGCAACCGUGAUAUUCGGACCGACGCUCUGGGAAUGUGGCGAGCCGAUGUAGGAAACGAGACUGCGGAUGCGUUUGAACUAGUGUUCAUCCUCACAUCUGGUCAGGACGAGUCAUCAACUUGGCAGGAGUUUGGCGAAAUGAAGUUCCUGUCCAAGGACGAUGUACCCGCGGAAUUCGGUCCUCCUGACAACGUGGCCGCGAACCUCACAAAUUACGCAAAGACACGCUAUGUCGAGUGGACAUCGUGGGCCGCGGCAUCGAACACCUGGCCCAAUGCUGGUGGCGGGUCUUCAACCCAGGCCGAAAGCUCAGGAAUGUCAACAUACGCGCAUGAGUUGAGUCAUCUCCUGGAUAUUGGUGACAACUAUAACAACCCCUAUGGCUCGCCACUUCGCCGUGCCUACGCUGGACCAUUUUCCAUGAUGGACAGAGGCAGUUUCAACGGUCCAGGAGGACCUCACACCAGAUGGCAGAUUCCAGCUCUGCAGGGCGGCUCUCUGGGCUCUCUGCAUACAGUUCGGGACAAGGCACAGCUUGGCCUGAUUAGCAACUCGAGCAUUCUGCAUCUGUCACGAGAAGCGCUCGCGGACUCCGGGCUGAUCGUAGCAAGAGUCACGGCUCGUGCCGUGGACCCUGGUGAGGAUGGCCUGAUCGGAAUCCGAGUCAACAUGGACAAAGACCUGUCACCAGCUUGCAACAUUUCAACUGACGUGCUUUGCGAUGGUGGCAGCUAUAACCACUACCAUGUGGAAGUCAUUGACCGUAUGGGUGCUGAUUCCUUCCAACCGGACCAUGGUGUCAUGCUCAGCAAGACACGAGAGCAGGACACGCAGCCCUUCGUUUGGGUGAUCGACGCAAACCCGCAAGAUAUAGAGCUGGUGGACUUUUACAGGCCGAACGGAAGCGCUGCCUACAUCACCUUGGGCGAUUACCGCCAGCUUGCCGAUGCGCUUUUCCACGCCGGUACGCGUUCUGGGAGCGAGUCCGAGUAUGUCGAUGCGGCAAACGACCUCCACUUCUAUAUCGUCGACAUCAUCCGUGACGAUACCGGAGUUCUCUCGUACACAGUUGGCGUGCGGUCCCUGAAUGGCACUGCAGGUCCUAGCACCCACGGCAUUUCGCUCGAUCAAGGUACCGUGCAAGGCCAGGACGCCACUGGCGACGGUCUGUGGUGCGUAUUCCCAUUGACCAACAACGGCACUUUUGUAGAGGGUGGAAAUGGUCACCCGGAUGAUGCAGCGCCGUACCUCAACUCCGAUAUCUACCGGCUCAGUACGGUUGUGGAGGGCGAUGGGUGGCUUGUUGAGCUACCCAAUGUGCUGACGACAACCAAAUUUGGUUCUACUGGAGAAGCCAGAGUAGCCGUCAGGGCAUCUACUGAAACUGCAUCGGAUACGGCCGUGGUCACCAUCACGGUGACAUCAGAGUCAGAUCCAGCUGUUUUUGCCAGUGCGACGUGCCAAGUCCAGCAAUGACAAGCCAGGUCGGGAACCAUGCAUUGGUUGGCUUAGGCAUCAGAGUGUUCCUGUGUCAAUAAAAGGCCAUGAUGAAUGAAUUAAGGAUUCAGGCGAUCCCUAUAUACGACUCUCUUGUGCUCAAUUUCCUAUUCGGCAACCUCGAGUGACAAUGCAUUCGUAGCUCGGUCAUUAGCCGUUGAUGUCGUCCUCGCCAUAAUAAACCAUGCGAGGUGGGAGCUGCGUCAGACGGACGUUGGGGCGUGUCUAUGAAGCACUAAACACGCUAAAGUUGGUCGUCGUUUAGUGCUUGCAGCCCUUCCACGACGUACUCUAAAUCGUUG